AUGGUUUCCACGAGUGAUGUUGUGGGAAGUCCUGGGAAGCUCUAUGACUUGCUGCAAGAGGCGUCAGUGACUAUGCCGAUUGAGAGGAACAAACAUGGGUCUUAUCUGACUUUCCGAUCCGUUGGAGGUCUGAUUUUCGCCUUUGAUCUGUUCGUCUCUUCUUUCACGACUGUAUGGCUGGAUCAGGCAUAUUGGCAGCGAGCUAUUGCUUCCAAGCCUGAAACGUCCGUGAAGGCAUAUAUCCUGGGUGGGCUGGCCUGGUAUGGAAUCCCAUUUGGCUUUGCGACAGUCAUGGGCCUCGGGUGCGCGGCUCUGACCAGCAAUCCGGAAUUUCCUACUUUCCCUAACCCACUGUCCAUGGAGCAGACCAACGCGGGUCUUUCAGCUCCAGCAACUGCAAUUACACUUCUCGGGAAAGGCGGUGCCGUACUGAUGCUGAUCCUGCUUUUCAUGGCGGUGACGAGCUCCACGUCUGCCGAAUUGAUCGCCGUCUCCUCGCUUCUGACAUUCGAUGUGUACAAGACCUACUUCCGGCCCAACACCAGCUCGGAAACGCUAGUCAAGGUCAGUCACUGGGCGAUUGCAUUAUAUGCGGUUGUGCUUGCGGCCUUUUGCUGCAUUCUCAACGCCGCCGGCAUCAGCUUGACUUGGAUUCUGACUGUGCUUGGCGUGAUUGUGGGUGGUGCAUCACUCCCGGUGGGCAUGAUUCUCCUGUGGAAGCCCAUGUCUACAGCUGCGGCAGUCGGCGCACCCUGGAUCGGAUUUCUAUGUGGCCUGCUUGUAUGGUUCGUGACGACCUGGAAGCGCUCCGGGACUAUCGACGUGGCGACCACCGGCGACACCACCAAUGCCUUGGCGGGAAACUUGGCGUCGUUUGGCGUGGGCUUCAUCAUGGCCGUCGUUCUAACAUUUGUGUUCCCAAAGAAGCACGCAGCGCGAUUGGAUGCCAUUCCUGGCUUCUCGAAACAGACCAAGCACGAGAAACCAGAAGCCGACGUGAGUGAAGCCAAGGAGCCUGUGAGUACAUCAGACGCACCGGAUGAACUCGUCGCGCCAGUCUUGGCAAGGAACGAACUAGUCGACUAUCUUGAAUCCAACAACACCGAGCCCAUGGACCCCAUCCAAGCCAAGAAAGCUGAGCGUCUUGCGUGGAUGGCCACGGGGAUCUUCUUCUUUGGCGCGGUGAUUCUGGUUCCUUUCACUCUGUUUGGGACCAGCUACGUUUAUAGUAAAUCAUUCUUCACCGGCUGGGUUGUAGUCUCAUUUAUUUGGGUUUGGACUAGUGUGAUGAUCUGUGUGGUGUACCCUGUGGUAAGUGGAGACUUUCCCCUGAAACGCCGUGACAUUGAGUGA